AGAUGAGAACGUUUCAGACUUCAAUGAGCAAGCGACACGACGCGUGUCGACGUCAACAACCCCCCACUCGAACGAGCAGAAAGCUCGCUUUGGAUGAUUUGACGAGGACGUAUAGCAAGCACAGUCGAAGAUGCUCGGAGAGGCAUUCGAGACUCGAAAUGAAGCGAAUGGCGCGUGCCUUUGCGAGAACGCACGCACGACCCAAUCCUCCGCUUGAUGCAUCGCCUCACUCUAAGUUCGCCCCACUCUCGAUCUUCACAGCAAGCUUGGUACGUCGCCAUGGAGAACCGUCAGGCUGGACGCCAUGGAUCCUUUGCAGCGCGAUGCUGCCGAGCUUCACUGUGCAAAAACACGCGGCUAAAAGGAGCUCGCUGACAUCGGGCGGGCACGCCAGUGGCGCGGCGCCGCUUUGCCACGCACGCCUCUGCAAAUUUCGGCUGCACGCUCUCUUCGCGAUGGCGAAAUUGUUGAUUGCAUACAGGAUGCCGAUCGCCACUUGUUCUUUUUCAGCUUCGCGAAUACCAUACCCAUCUUUUCCGUCCUACUUCGCCAGGCAACACGCUGUGAGCUGGUCUCGCACUCGUCUCCCCUUGCCGCAUCCGAGGCCCUGGGCACGCCACUCGACAAGCUUUAAAUUCAGACUUGCUCGAUGCAUCGCGAGCAGACUCGAUCAGACCAUCCCCAUCAAGGCUGUGGUCGCCCUGAGCAGGCUUUAGGGAUCGUUGACCAUGAGACGCCGUUGCUUGCUGAUCCCGCUUCUCCUGAUCGCAAACGCAAGCGCUAGCGCCGAUGUGCCGCUUGUGGAGUAUGCACGCUGUGCGCCGCAUUCCACAUCUCCCUGUGCCGUCCAAGAUCGAUCGUGG